AUGGCAUCGGCUGAGCCGCUGCUUGAAGCACCGGAUCUUGAGACCGGACUGGCCUCACAGGAGAGCGAGGCGGAGGCAGUACCUGAGGAACAGCCCCAGCGCCCCCCAGUCUUUCGGGACAUCUGCUGCUUCCUUCCCAUGGGAAGCAUCUAUCACUACGUUCAGCGGAACAUGCUUCCUUCCACUCCCGGCUACGCGUGGAGCGUCCUCAGCCGUCGCUGGGUUCGUGCUCUGACGACGUUGGCAGUGUUCAUUGCUGCCCUCCUGGCGGAGGGUAUGGAGUCCGGAUUCAAUUAUUGGCUGGUACUGAACAACCUGAUAUUUGGAUUCCUCCUACUGUUUGCUGGCUUUGUACCGGCCUUUAGGGACCCAGCACCAUCGCGUCCCGACAUCUUUCUCGGCUUGGCAGCGGCCGUGCACACUUGGCGAGCCGCUUGGCACGUAGUCGGCACGGAUGAUGAGGGUUCUCCAGCCUGGGAGCGCCGAAAUGGCCUGUGCUCCGAGCACCUGGCGAUGUUUUGGAUCAUCGUCCUUGUGACCAUGUGCGGCACCGAAACCCUUGCUGUGGGUACCUAUGGCGCCGCUUUGAUCGUCCUGCAACAGACGACCGGCGUGCCAGGUGUGCCAUGCUUCUUGGCGGCCUUCUGCAUGCUGGUUCCUGCGUACCUAGCCGAGCGUAUUUGGUGCUCAGCGUGCGCUGAGCUUCAUCGAUGCCGACUGGCAAUCAACAAGUUGCUGAAAAGAGGUGGAGGUGCAUGGCUCAGCAUCAGCAUAGAAUCCGGCCAUGUAGUUGAAUCGUCGCCAGGGUUGGAGGCAUACAUGGGACCCAUGAGGGAAAACACGCACCUCACAGAGCUAGUACGUUUGCCCAAAGACCGGCAGAUUUUGGACCAGCUCAUUACUGGAUGUUCCCUUGCAGCUGCUGGCGCAGCAGCAGCAACUUUCAACUACAGAGGCCUCCGAUGCCAUGAGUACGCCACCCUUGUGGAGGAGACCAUUGAGACAGCAUUGGCCCCGCGUGACGUCAGCUCCCUCCGUUGCCUCAGCUGUCCCAAGGGUGUCCAAGCCAAAAUAGUGCCUUACAAGCUCUCUUUGGACGACAAACGCCUCUCCAUUUGGGUAGGAGUCGACACUCAUGCCAUUCAGCACACAGAUCCACGAUUGGAGCUUGCCACAAGAGAGAAAGUUGUGGCAGUUCGCGAGCACGACAGCCGUUUGAAGCAAACCUCGCUGGAGAUGCGUGAGAGGGGCGUCGAGGAGCUCGAGCAGGCUUUGUCAGAGAUGCACCAGCGCUACUUAGAGGCUCUGGCAGAGAAGCAGCAGGUGGUACAGCAUGGCAAGCACCAGGAAGACUCAGAGGAUGAGAAGAAGGCUUAG